AUGGCUCGAUGGAUGCCGCCUUUAAGUCAAUGGCUCGGUUGUCGGUGUCUUGGGUUUGGUUAUCGAACUGAAAUUGGAAAACAACGAAACAUCCAUGCCAGGGAUGGAAUCUCCGACAUGGAUAUGAUUGCAAUCUACAAUGAUACGGAAUUUAAGCUCAGUAAGAACAACGCGCAUAUCUCGCCUGCAAGAACAUUACAUCCUGAUGUUGCAGCUAACGGUCAAAAGCAAGACACAACUUAUGAGUUCAUAAAAGUACAAGAAGCUUGUGAAACGCUGUCGGAUCCUAAAAAACAUAUAGAUUGCGAUUGUUUGCUUUUUAGAUAUGGAAGGCAAAUGAGCUCUCAAUCUGUAAUGUCUGCAGCAACAAUAUUACCUGGCACAAUGAUCUCGCCUUGUUCACCACCGCCGUCUCGUGUCAGUUUCCGUCCUUGUCGAGUAUCCGCGGCCUGCGCUUCCACCGCCGAGAGACCCACAUCAUACAUUGCUACACCAACAUCAGCAUCAUCUCUCUACGAAGUUCUAGGGAUUCAAAUGGGUGCCACGUGUCAAGAGAUCAAGACUGCUUAUCGAAAACUGGCAAGAAUUUUGCAUCCCGAUGUUUCAGCUAACGGUCAAAGGGAGGGCGCAGCUUGUGAGUUCAUAAGACUCCACGAAGCUUAUGAAACUCUGUCUGAUCCUGCAAAACGGGCAGAUUACGAUCGCUCCCUUUAUAGACGAGGAAGACAAAUGAGCUCUCCGUUUUCAAUGUCUGCUGCUACUGCAACAACAAUGGCAACAGGUUAUGCUGCUGGUGGAUUUUCUGGGUAUACAAGGCGGAGAUGGGAAACUGAUCAGUGCUGGUAG